AUGGAAAAUCAAGAUGGUCAAUUAUUUACUACAGUUUUCCAGAAACCAUCUUAUGAACCAUAUUAUUUGCCUUUUAAUAGUAUUCAUCCAUUACAUAUGAAAAAGAAUAUUCCAUUUGCCAUGCUAUUACGUGCCAUUAGAUAUUGUUCAAUAUUUGAAUCACAUCUAAAUGAACGUGAGAAAUUAAGAAUGGCAUUAUUACUUAAUAAAUAUCCAAAUAAAAUUAUUGAUGAACAAUUCAAUAAUGUAUUAGUAAAAUUUGGCAUUAAUGAACCAUUAACUUCAAUCAAUUACAAUAGAUCUCGUCAAAAAGUUAUAGAUUCUCCUAUAAAAGAAAAAUUAUCAGUAAAUUAUGAGAAGACAAUAUUUGUCCAUUUUACUUACUGUUCAAGUAUGAAAACAUUUCCAAUUAAAUUCCAUAUCUUAUGGGAGAAAUAUUUUGAUAAAUCUCCAAUAAAUGAAGUUAUCCCUAUACUUGGUACUCAAAAUGUCGAUAAUCUGCAAAGACGCCUAAUACAUACAAAAUCGAAAAGCUGA